UGCAACUGGCAGGGAACGGCUCGGCAAUGAUCUGCGUAGAACGUGAAGUGUCCAUUCUAAGCAGUUGAGUUAAAAGUGUAGUGCGCAUGAAAAAUGGACUUGCUUCUGAAAGCGAACUCGCUGUUUCGUACACCUUACGUUGCACUGCAGGUAUGAAACCUGCCUCGGUAGCUCUCUUGUCUAUUUCCAUUUUCUAUCAUUGCCUGACAUACGAGUCUUUCAUGGAGGCGGCAGUCUUGAAUGGCUUAGACCAAGCAGAUGGCAUGGAGAACGCUUCCCCAACUGUGUUGCAGUCGAAGUCUCUGCAACGCAUCAUCACAGACUUCGAAGACGGAGGCCACCGCCUCGCCGAGGUUUUCGAAGACAACACCAAUGCUACCGUCAACUGCAACCUCAUCGGUGACGAAACCCUAAUUCAACAAAUUUUGAGGUUGGUUCCGGCGGAGCUAGUGACAAGUGUAACGACCGCACAAAUGGACGAAGUUGUCGACAAGUGUCAAGACAAAGGAUCGAGGAUGGAAGGCUCGUCCCUUUUAAGCACAAUAGGCGACGAUCUUCAAAGCCUUGUGAUAUUUCCAGGCACCAAGUGGUGCGGAGCCGGCAACGUGGCGAAAAAUUAUAGCGAUUUGGGCAGCGCCAGCGCCACCGACAUGUGCUGUCGGGACCAUGACCAUUCUGAAGAUAGCAUACCAGCCUUCGGCAUGGAGCAUGGAAUCACAAACUACAUGUUCUACACCAUGACCAGCUGCCCCGACGACCAUGAGCUCUUCAAUUGCCUUCAAAAUGUUAGCAGCUUCACUUCUGUGACCGUGGGGACGAUCUUUUUCGACAUCCUGAAGACCCACUGCUUCGAGUACGGAUAUCCUACAAUGUGCACGGAAUACAACUUUUUGCUCAUCCUGUUGUUGCAAGAUCCUUGCCUAAAAAGAGAGCCAGACACGUCUAAGCCCAUGCAAUGGCAAGUCGUCGGCCCGACGCCCUUCUUAGAAACCUUCAUUGAGAGUCGCCAAAUUGGAAGUACAACCAAUUCUUCCUUGUCACGCUAAAAUAAUCAUAACGCAGACUAGCAAGAGACUCAAAGAAGAAAAACAAGGAAUGGAAACAUCCAUCUGAUUUUGCAAAUACUGAAAUGCGCCAGAAAUAAUGUGUCUUUCCCUCAUGUUUAUACGCACGCUUCUUCAGGAAAUAAAUCAGAUUUUAAUAUUG